UCUUGAUAAAGGGUCUAGAGUCCAAUAAACAUCACAAUUGCAAGGUGUCCAACAUGGGAAACAAAGUUGGAGUGUUUACUGAUGAACAGAUAGAAGCUUUCCAGGACUGUACGUUCUUCACAAAGAAAGAAAUACUGAGAAUAUUCAGACGGUUCAGAGAACUUGCUCCAAACGCUAUCCCCAAAGUGAUGUCCAGUGUGGAUACCAACAGGAUUCGGUUACCAUACCAACAGGUCAAGGCAAUGACGGAACUCAAAGAGAACCCGUUCUGUGAGCGUAUCUGCCAAGUUUUCUCGGAGGACGGCACUGGCGCCCUGUCUUUUGAGGAUUUCCUGGACCUGUUCUCCGUGCUUAGCGAGAUAGCACCAAGAGAACUGAAGACAGUUUACGCCUUUAAAAUUUAUGGCAAAUUUCAUUGGUCCUUAGAUUUUGACGGGGAUAACUAUUUGGGGAAGGAAGACCUGCGCUCCACUCUGCGCUGUCUGACAAGGAACGAGCUAUCGGAGGAGGAAGUGGAGUUCGUCGUUGAAAAAGUGUUAGAAGAAACGGACCUUGAUGAUGACGGAAAGCUCUCCUACAUCGAAUUCGAACACGUCAUCUCCAGGUCCCCGGAUUUUAUGACACCUCGCUUCCACAUAUUCACUGAUCCACCCAUCUUCUCUCUACUGAAGCGGUUAGUCAACCUUGGCAAACAACUUCUUGUAUGUCGAUUAAAAUCGACGAUGAAGCUAGCCAUUGUCCUCCUUUCGAUUCUCUUCACGUGUUGCAAUGCCCGACUUCAGCUCUCCAGACAGUCUUACAUGAAAUUCCCCUACCAGUAUAACAACGGGGACCCAACCAGCCCGCGAUACGGUCUCUUCCAGAAUGCCGCCCACAAAGCAGCCUUCCACACCGUAGAUAAAAUUCUUUACGUCGCUUCUGCGCGAUCGGCACAGAAAUACCUCCACAUCAUUGACAUGAACAACCCCGCCGCUCCCGCCAUAUUGAUGACGCACGUGUUCGAAAACACGGUAGAUGGACAUAUAACAGCGUUGGACGCAUGCUCAGACACCAUCGCCGUGGCUCUCUCCGCCGCGGACCCCGUUGGGGAGGGUCACAUCGAACUCUUCACCCCGUACAACAGAGCCGAUCGAGUAUUUACCCGUACGCACAGAAUCACAGUUGGUGUGAAUCCAAAGGACGUAGCUCACACCUCAGACUGCACUAGACUAGUCGUCGCUAACUCCGGGGCUGCUACUCUGAACCCCACAUCUAACACUUUUACUGACCCUGAAGGAUCGGUGACCAUUAUCAUCAGAAACGACCAGGGAUUUCCCAUCGAAAUCAACAUGGAUUUUACUCAGCUGAAUGACAGAGUUGUUGAUUACAUUACUAAUGGUGUUCGAUAUGUUUUCCGUGGAGACCACGGCGCUGGAAUAGUCAACACAUUUUCACAGGAUCUCGAGCCCGAGUCAGUGACCAUCAGUAACGAUGAUAGAUUCGCUUUCGUCUCUUGUCAGAGAAACAACGCCAUUCUGAAGAUCGACAUGUUUAACCAGAGGAUCAUAGAACUCUACUCCCUGGGGGCCAAGAACUGGACAAGCUUCAAUAUAGACACCAGUGACAUGAAUGACGCUGCCAACCUGCGCUAUCACACGGUCUAUUCCUUCUACCAGCCUGCACAGCUCGCAUACAGUGUCAUUGACGGCAAAGGUUACGUCGUUUCCGUCGACACCGGUAAAAUGACGACUUACACGCAGGCGCAACAUGGCUAUGCGUUCAACGAUGGUGUGAGAGCUCGGGUUGCCUGGAGUGACGGUGAACUAGAUACUACCACCAUGAACCCCACGCUUCUCACUCAAAUCCAGGACAACCAGCAGCUAGGAAGAGUACACAUGAGCCGAGUAGAUGGAUAUAACAUUUUCAACAAAAUCGGUGACGUUUUCCUCUUUGGUGGGCGUGGCAUUUCUCUGUGGGAUUCCACCACAAUGGCCCACGUGUUUGACAGUGGGGAUGAUUUAGAGAGAAGAGCCUCUCAGCUCUAUCCAAACACGUUCAAUGGAGAUUGUUCAAACGGCAACCAAUCUCCAACACAGCAGGUUGACGAGAGGUCCGAUGAUAUGGGCCCUGAGCCCGGCGCCCUGGCCUCGGGCGUGGUGGGAACCACCCCUGUCCUCAUCGUGGGCUCAAGGAAUGGAGUAAUCUAUGUCUUUAAUAUGAGGGGUGUUAGCGCCAAUUUUGAGAGCGCCCACCGCGAAGGAUCCACUAAUGACAUCUGGAACAAUCUGUAUACUAACGAUGCCGCUGGAGAUCAAAUCAUCUCUGAUAUGGGUUUUGUCGGGGCGGGAAACAGUCCAUCCGGUACGCCAUUUGUCUACGUCAUCGGACAAGCCACGGGAUCUCUCUCCAUUUAUAAUGUUGUUGAUGUACCUGACAUAUUUUAAAUAUAUUCUUUUUUCACCCAAUAA